AUGCCAGAGCAUUGGUGGUUACCUCCACCAUGGUUCGCUGGAAGAAUAGCUGUAGUCCACAGACUUCUCACAGCACAGAGGUGUUUCUCAAGUCCACAGCGACCCGAGAAAACAUAUUCCAGUCAAGAUCAUCGAGUUGUCGAUUUCCAAAACUUUGCUUGUGGAGCGACCCUGGUGGAACCAAGGGCAGAAACGGGUAUGAUUGUGGCACAGUAUGCCCUGACCGAUCCUAGUGAAUACACGAGGCAUGGUCGUAGCAGGCAGUCAAUGGAUCGCCUCAAGAGCGGUCUCUCUCUACUUGGUCAAAGUCAUGCCAUGUUCAAUGCUGGUAUGGAGCAGGAGAAAAGCGACAAAGUUCAGACGUCAGGGUCCCGGCAAACAGGACGAGGGUCGGGGCGGAGCGGUCCUCAGACCCUUCAACGGUCCUGGCGUUAA